UGAAACCUUUAUUUGAUGCUCGAUUAGCUGAAAUGAUGAUGGCUUGUGCUAAUAUUGUGUUAAAUGAAGGCGAUGGUCUCCCAGCACAGCUUUGUGUUCAAUGUGUAACCGCAGUCAGUCGAGCAUUCUAUUUUAAAGAGCUCUGCGAAAGAAAUGAUGCUACUUUGAGACAAUUAGUACUUUUGCAUCAACCGACACAAACUUAUGAAGAACCGUUGAAAUAUGAACUGCUGAAUGUUAUUGUUGAAUAUCCAACAGAACUCACAGACACAAUGGGUGGUAAUUUAAUUCUACACACCGAAAAGUUGCCCCAAAUUCAAGACAUCGAACCCGAACCAGACCCCACCACAUUGUUCAUCGAAUCUUCUGCUCCCAGUCCCCUUGCACCAGAUUCUCUGAACGAUGAACAAAUGACCAAUGAUAAAUUAAUAGACCUGCAAGAAAUAAUCAUGAGUCCAGGAAUUGACUAUAUAUCAAGCGUAGAUCAAUCGGUUGCCGUCUCGAUUGGAAAUGCAGAAAAUGUGACAUUAGAUAAUACAAAUGUGACGUUGGACAAUACGACUUUGGAAAAUGUUAUUUUAGAAAAUGCAUUGUCGGAAAACGCCGUACAUGAGAAUAUUGUUAUAGAAAAUAAAAUCGAUGCAAGGAAAAGUGAUAGUGCAGUAUCGAAAAACACGAAUGAAUUUGUUACUUGUGAGGAAUGUGGAAAACAAUUGAAAGGUCCAAAAGUGCUAGCCAGACACAUGAAAACCCAUCUAGCUAUUAAACCUUAUGUGUGUGAAAUUUGUAGUAAAGGUUUUCCAGAAUCUGGUAGUCUGGUCAAGCAUAUGAGGAGGCAUAAAGGCGAGAAGCCUUACAUGUGUAACACUUGUGGCAAACGAUUUUACGAGAGCAAUGUUCUCAGAAUCCAUAUGCGUACUCAUACAGGUGAGAAGCCAUUCAGUUGCAACGAAUGUGGGAAAUGUUUUGCACAAACUGGACAAUUGGAAAUACAUAAAAAGAUACAUCUUAGCGAGAAAACUAAUAUUUGCGAAGUUUGCCAUAAAGAUUUUAGAUUGCCUUGGCAAUUGAAAAUUCAUAUGAGAGUGCAUACUGCCGAGAAGCCUUAUGCUUGUACAUAUUGUGAUAAAAAAUUUGCCCAAGGUGGAAAUCUCACUAUUCAUUUAAGAACCCACACUGGCGAGAGGCCUUACAUUUGCACAGUUUGUGGAAAGGGGCAUGCCAGUAGCGGAGAACUACAAGCUCAUAAUCGCAAACAUACAGGUGAAAAGCCGAAAAUGAGAGCAACAUGCAAUAUUUGUGGUAAACAAUGUCCUAACAAUAGCGAGAUGAGAGUCCAUAUGAGAUCUCAUACUGGAGAAAGGCCACAUUUUUGCAACAUCUGCAAUAAAGGUUUUGUGUUAUCGUCUCAUUUAAUAGUGCAUAUGAGAUCUCAUACAGGCGAACGACCUUAUGUUUGCGUCCUCUGCUCUAAAGGCUUUGCGAGUUCCUCGGUUCUUAAGAAACACAAUUAUGUUCAUACUGGUGAAAAACCUUAUGAAUGUAAGGUAUGUGGAAAAAGGUUCACACAACCUGGAGCUCGUACUGCACACGUUAAGGCUGUCCAUGAAAAAGUAAAAGCUGUUACUACUUAAACGAAAAUCAUAAAUUAACCAAAAUAUUUAAUUUGGUAUAAUAAUAUAGCUCUACUUAUUAAGUACUGUAGAAGUUAAAGUUAAUUAAAUCUUAACUUUAGUGUUUCUGCGAACAGCUGACCAAUUAUAGCAUUUAGCAAUGACAUUGUCAAUUUUAAUGAUUUUGAAAAUUAUA